GCUUCCACCUACAGAUGGUUACUCGGAUCCCCCCGUCGGGCCUGUCGGAGCUGCUGCUGGCCGUCCUCCAGCGGAGCGGCUGGCAGGAGCGCAUGGCCGUGCUGUGCCAGGGUUGGGAGGAGGAUGGCCUGCUGGAACUACUGGACCUCCAGAGCCACCUGGGCUGUGGUGCAAACCGUUGGCAACUCCGCGCCCUCCUCAACCUCACCCGUGCUGGCCCAGCAGAAUCCCAAAUCCAGGACUUCCUUUCAGAACACUUCCGGGGGCAGGGCCCAAGUCAGAUCCCACCACCGGCUGCGGUGCUGCUGUUUGGGGGCGACCCAGAGUGUGCCGCGGCGGUGCUGCGGAGCGCCCAGGACUUGGGGCUGAUGCUGCCCAUGGUGCACUGGGUGCUGGGCUACCCACUGAGCCCCGACGCCCUGCACUCCAUCGGCCUACCCCUGGGUCUGCUGGCCUACGGUGAAGUGGAGCGCAAGCCGCUGGACUUCUACAUCCGCGACGCACUCCAGCUGGUAGGCCGGGCAGUGUCAGCGGCCACAGUGGUGCGCCCAGACCUGGCGCUCAUCCAGAACAUGGUCAACUGCUACGACAAACCCAACAAGCACGAGGUGCCCUCCUCCGGACAGUACCUUGCCAGGUUCCUGUCCAACACAUCGUUCUCAGGGCUGACGGGGCCGGUGACGGUGCAGAGGAACCUAUCCCGAGUUCUCACCUCUCAGCGAUUCCACAUCUGGAGCCUGCAGCGGGACGCGGUGGGCCAGCCCACCUGGGUGACAGUGGGCAGCUGGGAGGGGGGCCAUCUGGAGGUGGAGGACCAGGGCCUGUGGCAAGGGCACAAUGGCAAGGGCCAUGGCCGGGGGGAGGGCCAGGGGAGUUGGGGCGGGGGCCGGUGGCGAGCCGGCAGUCCUGUGGCAGGCAGCCGGGUGCGGGUAGUCACCCUAGUGGAGCACCCCUUCGUAUUCACUCGGGAGGUGGAUGAGGACGGGAACUGUCCGGCAGGACAGUAUUGCCUGGACGCGGGGACAAACAGCUCAGAUAUGCUGGAGCGCUACUUCAGUGAGCGUGCCACGGGAAACUCUACCUUCCUGCCCACGGACUACGGCAAGUGUUGUUACGGAUACUGCAUAGACCUGCUGGAGAAAAUGUCAGAGGACAUGCACUUUGAGUACGACCUGUACAUCGUGGGCGACGGGAAGUACGGUGCAUCGAAAAGCGGUCGCUGGACUGGGCUGGUGGGUGACCUGCUCAAUGGCGUGGCCGACAUGGCCGUCACCUCAUUCAGUAUUAACUCAGUACGCAGCCGUGUCAUCGACUUCACCUCGCCCUUCUUCUCCACCUCGCUGGGCAUCCUGGUGCGCAGCAAGGACACGGCGGCGCCCAUCGGCGCCUUCAUGUGGCCCCUGCACUGGUCUAUGUGGGUGGGCAUCUUUGUGGCGCUGCAUAUCACCGCCCUCUUUCUCACCCUCUAUGAGUGGAAGAGCCCGUUUGGCAUGACGCCACAUGGACGCAACCGUCUGCGUGUCUUCUCCUACUCGUCUGCGCUCAACCUCUGCUAUGCCAUCUUGUUUGGCCGCACGGUCUCCAGCAAGACGCCCAAGUGCUGGACGGGUCGGUUUCUGAUGAACCUGUGGGCCAUCUUCUGCCUGCUGGUGCUGUCCAGCUACACAGCCAACCUGGCCGCCGUCAUGGUCGGCGAGAAGACCUUCGAGGAGCUAUCGGGGAUCCACGACGCCAAGCUCCAUCACCCAUCCCAUGGUUUCAGGUUUGGCACGGUGAGGGAGAGCAGCGCUGAGGAGUACAUGAAGAAGAGUUUCCCAGAGAUGCACGAGUACAUGAGGCGCUACAAUGAGCCCACCACACCCGAUGGAGUGUCCACCCUCAAGGUAGAUCCCCCUCAGCUUGAUGCCUUCAUCAUGGACAAGGCCCUGCUGGACUACGAGGUGUCCAUCGACGCAGACUGCAAGCUGCUCACUGUGGGCAAGCCCUUCGCCAUCGAAGGCUAUGGAAUAGGCCUCCCACAGAACUCCCCUCUAACCAACAACGUGUCAGAGUUCAUCAGUCGCUACAAGUCAGACGGCUACAUGGACAUGCUGCACGACAAGUGGUACAAGGUGGUGCCUUGUGGGAAGAGGGUGUUCGCCGUCACCGAGACUCUCCAGAUGGGCAUCCGUCACUUCUCAGGGCUGUUUGUGCUGCUGUGUGUGGGUGUGGCCACGUCACUGCUCACCCUGGCUGGAGAGCACGCCUUCUAUCACAUGGUGCUGCCACACAUCCGACGACGACAGAAGUACAAGUACUGGCUCCACACCAGCCAGAAAAUCCACCGAGCCCUGAACCAGACCUAUGAGGAUGUGAAGAAGAAGCAGGGCGCCAACACAGAAAGAAGCUGCAACAACCAGAAGAACCAGCACCCCCAGCCUCCCCCAGACCCCCCUUCCCCCCGCGCCUCGGCCAAGUGGAACGAGAGCAGCAGGGACUCCACUGCUGCAGCCGCUAAAGACAAGCGAGUCCACUUUAACCUGGAGACCCUCAACAGCCGCCGCCUUCUAGCCCGGGCCGAGUCUGAAGGGGGGAGGGGGGGGUCGGCUGGAUGUGACACUAACCCUAGGACCAACCCGGCCACACGGGUCUGUGCGAAUGGGGGCUUCGGGACUUCCUUUGCCAGUCUCGUGCUAUCCCUCCCCUCCUCUUCUUCCUCCUCAGGCGUUCCUUUGAGGCCGGGAGAGCUGCAGGAGCUGCAGGAGAGGAUCGACCUGAUCCGGGAUCAGCUGAGGACGGCUCUGGCCAGGAGGGCUGAGCUGCAGACUUCCCUGGCCAAGGAAAAGGCUGCCUGCUCCGCCCCCAUAGUGACAGGAAUGACCUCCGUGGUUGUAGCUACUGCAGCCCUCCCCUCCUCCCGCUGUGCCACCACCAUGACAGACCCUGUCCUCAAGUCCCUGCCCACAGUCCACACCAUCCCUCCCAUACACACCAAUGAGAAGAGCUGAUGCCCCCUGGUGUUUGGAAAAGCCAAUGGUGUAUUAGGGUUUAUUGAAAGAAGUUGGAUUACCUUGGAUUGGAUUUAUCCAAUUACUGUGAGCCCGAUGCCAUAGCAUGGCAGCUCUUUCCCUGGACACUCUUUUGCUAUUGGGUGAGAUGAAAGAGCUUUUCAGGGCAUUGGGAAUCCCUUGUGAUCUUACAUGUGCCCAAUUGGUCCUCCCAUGAUUGGUAAAAUGUGUGUUUGUGUUUGGGCUACCUCAGGCCUACUUGGAUCUACCAUGCCAAUGGAGUGGAGCUAGAAGUACCAGCAUGCCCCCAUGACCAAGCCCUGCUGGCACUGCACCCAUUCUGGGAACUUAACCACUGACUUUCCAGUGGUCUCUCUUCUGCCACAGGAGCCAAAAUGGCUGCCACCCACAACCUUCUGUUUCCAGUCUCUUGUUGAUUUUAGUGGUGGGGCGAUAACUGAAUUUUAUCAAUAAUGCAAUGGCAACCUGAAACAACAAUCAGUAAUACGUGGAGUUCAGACUGUAUUCAAAUCAGUAGUGGUGCUUUUAUGGUGUUUCUGUUUUCUUCCUUUGAGUUCUGAGUCGAUAUCGUUCAAGAAUAAAGUCUGAUGGAAGUGUU